GUUGGGACGCAGAGGCCACAGCUCGUUUCUUUACGCGAACGGCUGCGAUGGAGGACUCCCGCUACAAGUGGGAAACAGUGCGGAGCACACUCAUCGAGCAAGAAACCACCCGACUCAUGCAGGAGGAGUCCCGACAAGUCGUGGCUGAGUCCUUACCCAAAUCCGUUUGGAAGGCACGCGGGUAUGAUGAGGAGAUGAUUGAGCGCUUUCCUGCCGAGAAGGACAGCAAGUUCGGUCAGCUGUAUUCGAUUCCGGUCAAGGCAGAUGUGUGGAAAGACGUGAAAAGCAAGGUCACUGAGCAAAUUCUACACAAAGAGCGAGCAGUUUUGGAGAAAUCCAAGCGCAAACAACCGGAUACAGACUCGACAGAGAAUAACAAGGAGCCUGCUUGGGAUGUGGCAAAGGUCGCCAAAACCGUCGCUACCCCCGCGGCGAAAGGCAAGGCUAAAGCCGGCAGCAAAGCUGGCGAAGCCAAGCAGCAAGAGAAGCAAGCGAAGCAGGUUCUGAAAGACAAUGAAAAGAAAAAUGCGCUUGCGGCUAAAGCAGUUGCAGCACUGACCGCUCUUGACAAGUCUCUGCUUGGCUUGAUUCAGCCGGCGACCAAGAACGGUCUAGAUCCGUCUAAGAUCAGCAGCCUUCAAGAAGCCCGUGCACAGACGGAGUCUUGGAUGAAGGCUGCAAUUGAGUGCUUGGCCUGGACGGAAUACCCUCCCGUCUUGGAAAAAGAACCACUUCCUGAUCUUCCAUUUGAUGCAGAGGCCUUGAACAGCCAUUUGAAGGCCAGCAAGCAAGUGAUGGCUGAGCUGCGGAAGGAAAUCAGGGCUGGAAAGGGCACAGCUGCGUAG